AUGCAGGUGACUGAGGCUGAGUCUGCUGGACGCAGGACGACUGAGGAUGGGGUGAUGUGGAAGAAUGGCUGCCAAUGUGCUUCAGUAAAUCUGCCCGAGUUAACACAGUCAGUGAACAAUAGCAGCAGUGAAACUCGACCACUGAGAUGGGUUUUACUGUUUCUAUUCCCGUCUCUCAGUCAUCAGGCUUCUUCUGAAUAUUUUUCACUGAAGGUUGAGUCUCCAGUCUCAGGGCUCCUUGGUUCCUCUGUGUCUCUGCCCUGUGCUGUCACCAGCAAUAUGGAUGUUCGACCCAUGGAAGUGCGCUGGUACCGUCCCAAUAUGUAUGACACCCCGGCUCUGUUCUACAGAGACACAGAGAUCCAGAAGAGUCCUGUAGAUGUUCAGUACCAGGGCAGAGUGUUCCUGUUAGGAGAUCUGGAGAAAGGAGACGUCUCUGUGAAACUGGAGAACCUGAUGCUAACAGAUAGAGGAGACUAUGUGUGUUAUGUGAAAAGUGAUAUCUGGUUCGAUAAGGCCACAGUGUCCCUCAGACUGAGAGUGGUGGGAUCCACUCCUGUCCUCUCCAUAUGUGAAGCAGGAGAAGGGAAGGUGAAUGUUAGCUGUCAGUCACAUGGUUGGGUUCCUGAGCCGUCAAUCACCUGGACAGAUAAAGAUGGGAGAGAUCUGAAACAUCUCAGUAACGACAAGUUCACCAACAACUCUGUAGGGACUGUAGAUGUGAGCUCGUGGCUGAUUGUGUCUCCCUCUGAGUCUGAGUGGAUCUCCUGCUCUGUGGGUUUGUCUGAUCAGGAGAGAAAAGAAGACAGAAUAAUGUUACACGUCCCUGCACGUGACACAGAGUCGUUGACUGGAUACAUCAUCAUCAUCAUUCCCAUUCUUCUGGUGCUGUGUGUCGUCGGAAUUGCAGUGUAUUGUGUGCUACGUAAAAAAGGAGAAAAGGGACAGAAAGUACAGGAGAGACUGAACCCCCUGCCUCCACCACAAAUCCCGAACCCGCUGCCUCCACCACAAAUACCACACCCGCUGCCUCCACCACAAAUACCACACCCGCUGCCUCCACCACAAAUACCACACCCGCUGCCUCCACCACAAAUCCCACACCCGCUGCCUCCACCACAAAUACCACAGGAGGAUCAGACUGACGCUUCAUCUACAGGUACAGUUCCUCACACUGUGGUUGUAGGUUGUUUAAUUUUGUCAGAAACUGGAUCAGUGAUCUCGUCUGGUGUGGAUGGAGAACAGCAGAAUGUAAAUAACGAUGAAGCUACAGAACCACAGAAGAACCCUGAUGUAGAGACAGAAACUUCACAAGCUGCAGAAACUGAAGUGAAGUCACCUUCUGAGGAUAAAAAUCAGGAAGAACAACCUAAAACCACAGAUACAACUACACCAACAGAAACUGAAGCACAGAUCUCAUCUCCUGUGGAUAAAAAUCAGCAGAACCAGAAUGAAUCUCUAAAUACACAUAUUAAGUCAACUGUACCAACAGAUACAAAUCAAACGUCUGAUCCAGAGGAGACGCCACGUCUAACUCCAGUGUGUGUGAGAGCAGAGGUCAGUCAGCAGGAAUCAUCUGAACAUCAGAAUCCUGAAACACUGGAAGAUAAAACACACCUUCCAGAGACUGGACCUGCUGACUCCACCUCAGAUAACAGACCCACUCUCACCACGUCAGAGAUCAGUUACAAUUUAGACCAAGUGAAACAAUACAAAGUGAACAUCAGCAUCGACCCAGAGGAAACUCCAGAGUCUCUAAUAUACGAGGAAAAGGAAGGAAAGAUAACUCCUGCGCACGUUUACCCGAGCGGUCUUCCUGAUAAUGUUAAAAUCUUCACUCUGUGUAAAGAGAGGUUUCAGGCUGGUAAACAUUACUGGGAGGUGAAAGUGAGAAAGUCACAGAAAACAGUAAAACACUCCUGGUUUGUUGGUGUAGCGAGUCAUAAAGCUGAGAGAAUAUACAAUAUCCCGUUUACACCACAGAAUGGGUUCUGGGUUCUCUGUUAUGAAGGAGAUAAAGGAGUUUAUAUCAGAGAUCAAACAGAACUGAUUUCACUCCCAGACGUUAAUAAAGAGCUGACAGCAGUGGGAGUGUUUUUAGACUGUGAUACACACACACUGUCAUUUUAUAAUAUUAAUACACACUCACACAUCUACACUUUCACUAAUGUGGACGUCAGAACAUCACUGCGUCCUCUGAUCAGCCCUGGAAUCAGAGACCCUCAUCCUGUAUGGAUUAUUUAGGAGAAUAAAGACAUCUGUAAUAUGAUGAUGUGUGAGUUUAUAAUGUAUUUAUAUAAAGUGUGUAUACAUACUGUACAUAACACACUCCUAAUUAAAACCAGAGCUUAAAACCAGACAGGAAAAAGGAGAGAUUUGGACUUUAAGUGAGGGACAUGAUGUCCACACCGAGUGUCUCACUAUUACUGCUAAACUGCAGCUGGACUUCUGAUGGCUGGGACUCUUAUAUCGCUUAUUGUGCCGCGUCACCUGGAUUAUCUGCACAUGUUCAUUUACUGUA